GGGAUGGAAGAGAUUUGGGGGAAGCUCUUCUUCAGCUCUGGGGCCACUGAAGGCAGGACUUGGUGACAAUCUCCACCAUGGCCUGGUCCCCUCUCCUCCUCACCCUCAUCGCUCUCUGCACAGGAUCCCGGGCCCAGUCUGUGACUCAGCCCGCCUCAGUGUCUGGGACCCUGGGCCAGACAGUCACCAUCUCCUGCUCUGGAAGCAGCUCCAACAUCGGGAGUGGUCAUGUGUCCUGGUACCAACAGAUCCCAGGAACAGCCCCCAAACUCCUCAUCUAUUCUUCCGCUAGCAGGGCUUCCGGGGUCCCCGACCGAUUCUCUGGCUCCAGGUCUGGCAACACAGCCACCCUGACCAUCUCUGGGCUCCAGGCUGAGGAUGAGGCCGAUUAUUACUGUGGUGGUCCCACGUCUACACCCUCGGUCUCUCUCUUCCCGCCCUCCUCUGAGGAGCUCAGCGCCAACAAGGCCACAGUGGUGUGUCUCAUCAGUGACUUCUCCCCCAGCGGCCUGGAGGUGAUCUGGAAGGUAAAUGACGCUGUCACCACCGACGGCGUCCAGACCACCAGGUCCUCGAAACAGAGCAACGGCAAGUACGCGGCCAGCAGCUACCUGACGCGGACUUCCGCACAGUGGAAAUCGUACAGCAGCGUCAGCUGCCAGGUCAAGCACCAAGGGAAAACCGUGGAGAAGAAACUGUCCCCCUCAGAGUGUCCUUAGGUCCCCGAGUCGCCCACACCCUCAGGGACCUGCUGUCACGGGACCCCUAAGGGGGUCGACCCUUCCCACUCCGACACCUCCUUCUCCCUCCGCCCAAAUCCUUCUCAAUAAAACAUCCUCCUUCUCAAUCAGA